AUGUUCAGACUAGCACGCGCUCAGACCAGCAUUACCACCACUAGCAAGGCUCUAGGUGGCUCCAGAAGACUAUUCGUCAGACUAAACUCCUCUUUCGCCAUCCCAGAAUCCCAAAAGGGUGUGAUUUUCUACGAAAACGGCGGUAAGUUGGAAUACAAGGACCUUCCAGUUCCAAAGCCAAAGCCAAAUGAAAUCUUGAUCAACGUCAAGUACUCCGGUGUGUGUCACACUGAUUUGCACGCCUGGAAGGGUGACUGGCCAUUGCCAGUUAAGUUGCCUUUGGUCGGUGGUCACGAAGGUGCCGGUGUCGUCGUUGCCAAGGGUGAAAACGUUACCAACUUCGAGAUCGGUGACUACGCAGGUAUCAAGUGGUUGAACGGUUCUUGUAUGUCUUGUGAACUCUGUGAACAAGGUUACGAAUCCAACUGUUUGCAAGCUGACUUGUCUGGUUACACCCACGACGGUUCCUUCCAACAAUAUGCCACUGCUGACGCUGUUCAAGCUGCCCAAAUUCCAAAGGGUACCGAUUUGGCUGAAAUCGCCCCAAUCUUGUGUGCCGGUGUCACCGUCUACAAGGCUCUAAAGACCGCUGACUUGCAACCAGGUCAAUGGAUCGCUAUCUCCGGUGCUGCCGGUGGUCUUGGUUCCCUAGCCGUGCAAUACGCCAAGGCAAUGGGUCUAAGAGUUCUAGGUAUCGACGGUGGUCCAGGUAAGGAAGAAUUGUUCAAGAGCUUGGGUGGUGAAGUCUUCAUUGACUUCACAAAGUCCAAGGACAUGGUCGCAGACAUCCAGGAAGCCACCAACGGUGGUCCUCACGGUGUGAUCAACGUCUCCGUCUCCGAGGCCGCUAUCUCCAUGUCCACCGAGUACGUCAGACCAACCGGUGUGGUCGUUCUAGUCGGUUUGCCAGCCCACGCUUACGUCAAGUCCGAAGUCUUCUCCCACGUCGUCAAGUCUAUCUCUAUUAAGGGUUCUUACGUCGGUAACAGAGCAGACACCAGAGAAGCUAUUGACUUCUUCACCAGAGGUUUGGUCAAGUCUCCAAUCAAGGUUGUUGGUUUGUCUGAAUUGCCAAAGGUUUAUGAAUUGAUGGAAGCUGGUAAGAUCUUGGGUAGAUACGUCGUUGACACUUCCAAAUAA